UGCAUCAGUCCUGCAUCUUCACUUCUACGGUCCUCACACUUCCACACUCCAAUCUCGAGUCUCAAAAUGCUGGCAUCCGUCCGGGCCUCCAGCAGUUCUGCUUUAAGGGCAGCUGUCAAUGCCUCUCGCACCAACAUACCCAUGCGAACCAUGGCUACUGUUCUCGAUGACGCCAGACUGCCUUCAAAAAUCGGAGGCAAGUACACUGUCACAUUGAUCCCUGGAGACGGUAUUGGGAAGGAAGUCGCCGAUUCCGUCAAGGAGAUUUUCGAGUCUAUCAAAGUGCCAGUCGAGUGGGAGCAAUAUGACGUUUCUGGAGAGACCACCGGAGGAGAUGAUUUGUUCAGGCAGGCUAUGGAGUCACUGAAGAGGAACAAAGUUGGACUCAAGGGAAUUCUCUACACCCCCAUCGACCAGACCGGUCACAACUCGUGGAAUGUGGCCAUGAGACAGACUUUGGACAUCUAUGCCUCAGUCGUGGUCUGCAAGACUCUUCCUGGAUUCCCAACUCGACACAAGGAUGUCGACUUUGCGAUCAUCAGAGAGAACACGGAGGGAGAGUACUCUGGUCUGGAGCACCAGAGUUUCCCAGGCGUGGUAGAGAGUUUGAAGGUGUCCACCAGGGCUAAGGCGGAGAGAAUCGCAAGGUUCGCCUUUGACUUUGCCAUCAAAAACAACCGAAAGAAAGUCACCUGUAUUCACAAAGCCAACAUUAUGAAGCUUGGUGAUGGUCUCUUCCUUAACACCUGCAAGCGGGUUGCCGAGAAGGAGUACGGACACACUGGCAUUCAGUUCGACAGUAUGAUCGUCGACAACACUGCCAUGCAGCUCGUUUCGAAACCUCAGCAGUUCGAUGUCAUGGUCAUGCCAAAUCUCUACGGAUCCAUCGUCGGUAACGUCGGUGCUGCCCUCGUCGGAGGCCCAGGAAUUGUGCCUGGAUGCAACUUCGGCAGAGAAUACGCUCUCUUUGAACCAGGUUGCAGACACGUUGGAAAGGAUAUUAUGGGAACCGCCAAAGCCAACCCAAGUGCCUUGAUCCUGUCCGCAACCAUGAUGUUGCGACACCUCGGACUCGACACCCAGGCUAACCUCAUUGCUGAUGCUGUUUACCAAGUCAUCGCUGAGGGCAAGGUCAGGACACCAGACAUGAAGGGAACAAAUUCCACCAACGACAUGACGAAAGCUAUUAUUGACAAGGUGACUGCUUAGAUGGUGUUUGGAUGGGUUCAUGAUAUCUCCUUGAUGCAUUCAAU